AUGGAUGCGAACGAUACAGAGCUUGUUCGCGUUGCGAAACCAGAGAAACAGUCGUUGCUCGAAAGGUACGGCGUACCGGUCGAGCAUCUUUCGUACGAAUACAUUUCCGAAUGCACAGACGGGAAAACGCUGGAGCGUUUAGUAACUAUACUGCGUUCCGGCGAAGAAGGUUAUUACCCGGAUUUAACGAGACACGCGGAAGAACGGUUGACUGUUAUUAAGCCAACGAGUACGGUUUUAAGAAAAUUCGAACCCGUUAUCAGGCGAAACAUGUUAGAGCCAAGUGAGUGCAAGAAAAUUGAUACGGACAUAAAUACUUGGUCGUCUGAGAUGCAGUCUCGAGAAAAAGAUUUAGAAGAAGGAAGGACAACGUUAUUGUCAGACGCAGUUCCUCAGCCGGAAAUCAGGAAAUUUAUAGAGGAACCCAUAAAAAAUAAUAAAGCAACGAAUUCGAGAAAUACUGAUAAAACCAAACGAAUCGCUUCGUGCGAUUACUCCGCAUGGGAUAAGUACGAUGUCGACACGGAAUUAAAUAAAAUAGAUAUACGUGACGAGCAGACCCGUGCUGGAGCCAAAAUAUUUCAACGAAAACAAAAGGAAAUAAUCGAGAAAAAGAAACUUGAAAAACAGACAAUAAUUGACAAAUCAUCAUUGACCGGGACCGAAUUAAACGUAAUGGCGGAACAAGAAAGGGAAAAGGGAAACGAGUCGUUCAGGGCUGGUGAUUACGAAGAAGCUCUCGAACAUUAUAAUACUAGUAUUAAGAUAGAUUCAAAUAUAUCUGCGUACAACAAUCGCGCGAUGACACUUAUGAAACUUCAGCGAUAUGAAAAAGCUCUUGACGAUUGCAAUUUUGUGCUUAGCAUGGAAUGUACAAAUGUAAAAGCCCUUCUGCGACGAGCUGUGACCUUAGAACACCUAGAAAACCCGUCUGAGGCGCUGCUAGAUUACGAAACCGUUUUGAAAUUGGAACCAACCAACCCAAAUGCGAUAGCCGGAGUAAAGAAGUUAAGAAAACCUUGCACAUCUAAGAAAGUGAGAAUGGCUAUCGUAGAACAGGAGGAAGAUACGAGUGUAGAAUCGAAGUCGAACGAAAUCGUGAAGAAUAAAAGUUUCUAUCAGCAAUUCGAAUCAAAAUUAUCUAUCGAGAAUAAUAUUUGCUUUUGCGACCGAGCGCCAGGGCCGUCGCAAAAUUUGAGACCCAGGCCGCACUUUAAAGCCGAUUACUGUCUCGAUAACGUCAACAAACAAAAAGAAACGAUUAAAAACGACGUUUCAAAGAAAUCCGAAUUGUCUAAACGUUCUAAUUCGGCGCAAGAAAGGAGUUCCUCGUUAUUUACAAACCCAAAAUCAAUCUUCUCUUGCGCGAUGCCACCUAAGCGAGGUAAUUCCGUUAUCAUCGAGGAAUUACCUAGCGAGCCUUGUAACAAUGGUGUGAAAAGCAAAUCAAACGAGAUGGCUGCUAAUAAAAAUAAUUCCAACACAAACACCUCGAAUACGAAUAAAACGUACGACGAUAAGAAAUCGAAAUUGAAUGUUAAGAAUGUAAAAAAAAGUCACGAACAAAAUUCGAACUCGUUUAAUACAGUGUCGUCUCCAAGGGAAAUACAAGUUGCUGAUAAGUACGAGAUAAAAACUAGUAAAUCGAAAAAAUGUAUUUCAAAGAAUUUUAAUAAUAUCGAAAACCCCUACGAAUUUAUGCGCGUAUGGCGGUCAAUGAAAAGUGAUACUGAUUUAGAAAUACACGCCCAGUUGUUGCGGUCUUUGAACGUCGAUAAAUUAGGCACAGUUUUAGGCAACGAACUCGACGGAAACAUGUUCAGUACGAUUUUGCGUUGCUUAGAGCGACAUUUUUGCACCCCUAAUGACACCGAGCUGCUCAACAAUUUUCUGAAGUCGUUCAGUCGAGUGAAACGUUUUUCCAUUAUGAAUAUGUUCAUGAACACGGAAGAUAAAACAGUUGUCAAAAAUAUAUUAAGUUUCUUAGAAGAACGUGGCUCGUCAGAUGUUUCGUCACUGCGACAAAUUUAUUGCAUCUAAGAAUAUCUGUGUUCUUAGAUCUUUUCGAAUUUAGUAGCGACAUUUGAACAUCGAGUACCAACUUUAUGCGUUAUAGUAAUAAUGUACGAUAUAUUGCACUACGGUAACAACGUUAUUUUUUUAUUUGAUCAUUGUAACGACGCAACAGUUCGAUUCUUUUUACUUAACAAUAUCAUUACUUUACUCCUUAAAUAAUAAGAUUAAUGUAUUAAACCAACUCACCAAUUACUUUCCAACUUCUGU